AUGACCCAGCGGUGGGGCCCCCAGAGGCUUGCAGGCGGGCAGCCGCACGCCGGCUUGGAGGACAGCACCCGGGCGAGCAUCUUCACCUACACCAACAGCAACGCCACCAGAGGCCCCUUUGAAGGUCCCAAUUACCACAUCGCGCCACGAUGGGUGUACCACGUCACCAGCGCCUGGAUGAUCUUCGUGGUCAUUGCGUCCGUCUUCACUAAUGGGCUUGUGCUGGCAGCCACCAUGAAGUUCAAGAAGCUGCGCCACCCUCUGAACUGGAUCCUGGUGAAUUUGGCGGUGGCUGACCUGGCAGAGACCAUCAUCGCCAGCACCAUUAGCGUCGUGAACCAGAUCUAUGGCUACUUUGUGCUGGGCCACCCCAUGUGUGUCCUGGAAGGCUACACUGUCUCCUUGUGUGGGAUCACGGGUCUCUGGUCCCUGGCCAUCAUUUCCUGGGAGAGGUGGCUGGUAGUCUGCAAGCCCUUUGGCAAUGUGAGAUUUGAUGCCAAGCUAGCCAUCGCGGGCAUUGCCUUCUCCUGGAUCUGGGCCGCUGUGUGGACAGCCCCGCCCAUCUUUGGCUGGAGCAGGUACUGGCCCCACGGCCUGAAGACAUCGUGCGGGCCCGAUGUGUUCAGUGGCAGCUCGUACCCUGGCGUGCAGUCCUACAUGAUCGUCCUCAUGAUCACGUGCUGCAUCAUCCCCCUCAGCGUCAUCGUGCUCUGCUACCUCCAAGUGUGGCUGGCCAUCCGAGCGGUGGCAAAGCAGCAAAAAGAAUCCGAGUCCACUCAGAAGGCGGAGAAGGAGGUGACUCGCAUGGUGAUGGUCAUGAUCUUCGCCUACUGCGUCUGCUGGGGGCCCUACACUUUCUUUGCGUGCUUCGCCGCUGCCCACCCUGGCUACGCCUUCCACCCUCUGGUGGCCGCCCUGCCGGCCUACUUUGCCAAAAGUGCCACUAUCUACAACCCCAUCAUCUAUGUCUUUAUGAACCGGCAGUUUCGAAACUGCAUCAUGCAGCUUUUCGGGAAGAAGGUUGACGACGGCUCUGAACUCUCCAGCGCCUCCAGAACGGAGGCCUCAUCUGUGUCUUCGGUGUCACCUGCAUGAGUCCCUCCUGGCCGUGACAACAAAAAGGUCUGCUUCCUACCGGAAAACGUAAACCCUGUCCCACACACCGGCACUUUGGCCACCCCCCCCCCUUUGCC